AUGGAUGAAGAAGAAGAGGACCACUAUGUGUCACAGCUCAGGGAAGUCUACAGCAGCUGUGACACCACAGGGACAGGCUUUCUGGAUCGGGAGGAGCUGACCCAGCUCUGUCUUAAGCUUCAUCUGGAGAAGCAGCUUCCCAUCCUUCUGCAGACACUUCUUGGAAAUGACCACUUUGCCAGGGUUAACUUUGAGGACUUUAAAGAAGGUUUUGUGGCGGUGUUAUCAUCACACUCUGCUGUCGGCUCCUCGGAUGAAGACAGCAGUUCUGUGGAAUCAGCUGCCUCCCAUGCCGUCCCACCAAAGUACGUGAGUGGCUCUAAAUGGUACGGCCGCAGGAGCCAGCCUGAGCUGUGCGACUCUGCAAACAGAACCAAAUGUUUACCAGAACAGCAGGCCAAGGCCUCCGUGAAAAGCCAGAUUCGACGCUCUGCAUCGCUGGAAAGUGUGGAGAGUCUCAAGUCAGAUGAAGAAGCUGAAAAUGCUAAAGGACCUCAGAAUGAGUUAUUUGAAGCAAAAGGCCAGCUGCCAGUCUGGGGUUCUGAGGUCUUUGGGAAUCCCCAGAAGUCCUGCAGCCCUUUCUUUGACACCCCUGAGAGCCAGGUCCGGGCCAUCUGGGAAGAACUGGGCGUUGGCAGCAGUGGCCACCUCAAUGAGCAGGAGCUGGCUCUGGUCUGCCAGAGCAUCGGGCUCGAAGGACUCAAGAAAGAGGAACUAGAAGAUCUAUUUAACAAACUGGAUCAAGACCAAGAUGGCAGAGUGAGUCUUGCGGAAUUCCAGCUUGGCCUGUUCAAUCACGGGCCUACUUCGCUUCUGGAAUCUUCCUCUCCCGUCAAACUGAGCAGGUCCUGGUCUCAUUCCCAGGUCCUGGAGGAUGGGGGCGGCCACACCACCACGACGUCCUCCCUCGUGUCCCUGUGCUCAGGCCCGCGCCUUUUCUGCAGCGUGGACAACGGCUCCGGCUUCGCCUUUCCUGAGCAGCUCAUUGCCCUGUGGGCCCAGGAGGGGAUUCAGAAUGGCAAGGAGGUCCUGCAGAGCCUCGACUUUAGUGUGGAGGAGAAGGUGAACCUUUUGGAGCUGACCUGGGCCCUUGAGAACGAGCUCAUGAUGAUCCCCGGUACCACUCAGCAGGCUGCCUUGUCCUGCUACCGCCAGGAGCUGAGGUUCUGCCAGGGGCAAGUAGAGCAGAUGGUGAGGGAACGAGACAAGGCAAGGCAAGACCUAGAGAAAGCGGAGAAGAGGAACCUGGAGUUCGUGAAGGAGAUGGACGACUGCCACUCUGCCCUGGAGCAGCUCACAGAGAAGAAGGUCAAACACCUGGAGCAGGAGUACAGAGAGAGGCUGAACCUCCUGCGGUCUGAGGUGGAGCUGGAGCGUGAGCUGUUCUGGGAGCAGGCCUGCAGGCAGAGGACCAUGCUGGAGAGGGACCUGGAGCGCUUGCAGGCUGAGGAGGCCAGCCUCCGAGAGAAGCUGACCCUGGCUCUGAAGGAAAACAGCCGAUUGCAGAAGGAGAUCAUUGAAGUCGUGGAGAAACUUUCGGAAUCAGAGAAGCUGGUCCUGAAACUGCAGACUGACCUGGAGUUUGUUUUGAAAGACAAGCUGGAGCCACAGAGCACAGAACUCUUGGCCCAGGAAGAGCACUUCGAGGAGGUCCUGAAGGAGUACAAGCUCAAGUGCAGGGACCUGCAGGACAGCAACGACGAGCUGCAGGCCGCGGUGGAGGGUCUGCGGGCACAGUUGCCCCAGAGUUGGCACGGCCAGCCCCAUGCACAGCCGAAUGGACGUCUGCUCUCUAGACACGGCCGAGCAGGCAUCAUCUCCCUCCUGGGCGAUUCCACUCCCGUGAGUCUAGAAACGGAGAUAAUGAUGGAGCAGGUGAAGGAACAUUACCAAGACCUCAAGAUCCAACUGGAGACCAAGGUAAACUACUAUGAAAGGGAAAUUGAGAUGAUGAAGACGGACUUUGCAAAUAAGAGAAAAGAAAUGGAGCAGGCUUUCCAACGUGAGGUCAGUGUGCUGGAGGACCAGAAAGCCAACCUGGAGAAGCUCCACGUGAAAUCGCAGGAGGUCAUCCAAGGCCUGCAGGACCAGCUGCAGAGUGCAGGCCGCGGCCCUGAGCUGGAGAGGACGUUGGAGCUGAAGAGGGCGGAGAUGGAGCUGUGCUACACGCAGGCGCUGUCUGGCCUGGCCCAGCAGCUGGAGGUGGAGCUGCACCAGAGGCAUCAGCAGGAGCUGCAGCAGUUCAGAAUUAAGUUGGAUAGGCUUUCUGAAGAAAACACAGUGUUGAAAAAUGAGCUGGGCAGAAGGCAGAAAGAGCUUGAAUCUACAGAAAGGACAAAUGAUGCACAAAGGAAGGAAAUUGAGCUUCUAAAGAGAGACAAGGAAAAGGCCUGCUCUGAAAUGGAAGAGCUCAACAAACAGAGUCAGAAAUGCAAGGAUGAAUUGCUUCAGCUCAACCACAGGGUCCUUCAGCUGGGAGAGGAGGCCUCUAGCCAGCAGACCCACAUUGAGAACAACGGCAUCACCAUUCAGCUGUUAACACAGAGGCUGGAGGAGGCCGGACGCCGGGAGGAGUUGCAGGGUGACCAAAUUAAAAAACUUGAACUUGAACUUGAACUCAUAAAUCAGGAAUGCCAGAGCCUGAGACUGUCAUGGUCACAGCUGAGAGAGACCCUUGAAGAAAGUCGAAACCAGCUGCACGGAGCCCACCCGAGUCCUCACCAGCCCUCGCAGGACGCCCAGCAGCUGCAGAAGCCGACGGAGCAGAGCCCUGCGGGCCGCGGGGCAGAGCUGCAGCGGCUGCUGGGAUGGGAGCAGCGGGCGGCUCAGCAGCUCGGCCAGCAGUGCAGCCUCCGGCAGGAGGAAGCGAGGCGACAGCGGGAAGAACAUAAAAAGCAGCUUAAAGAUGCAGAAGAGCAGGUGGAAGAGGUGGAAAUGAUUUUGAAGAACAUGGAAAUGCUCCUGCAAGAAAAAGUGGGUGAGCUGGGAGAGCAGUUUGAGAAGAACACCAAGUCCGAUUUGCUGCUCAAGGAGCUCUACGUGGAAAAUGCUCACCUGGUGAAAGCACUUCAGGUCACUGAGGAGAAGCAGCGAGGGGCCGAGAAAGAAAACCGAAUCUUGGCAGGAAAAGUAAGAGCUCUCAACAAACUAAUCUGUAGAAUAACUUCAGCAUCCUUCUCCGUGUAG